GGUGGAUGCGGAGGAAGGAACAGCAAACCAGAAAACUACACAGGAAACCAUGGCUGCUGGGACGGAGGAAGGAACACCAAACCAGCAAACCAUGGUUCUGGAUAUGGAGGAAAAGAACAAGUUCAAAGUCUACAAUACAAUGACAAACCAAAAGGAGGUUUUUACACCCAAGGUCCCCGGAAAGGUCGGAAUGUACGUCUGUGGUGUCACUGCAUAUGAUCUCAGCCACCUUGGACAUGCUCGCGCAGCUGUGUCUUUCGACAUUCUCUUCAGGUACCUGCUACACUUGGGCUAUGAGGUUACCUACGUUAGGAAUUUCACUGACCUUGAUGACAAGGUUAUUCGACGUGCAAAUGAGAGUGGAGAAAAUCCAUUGGCUUUGAGCAGUCGGUUUUGCAAAGAAUAUAUGAAGGAUAUGAAUGAUCUUCAGUGCCUCCCUCCUACCCAUCAGCCACGUGUUUCUGAUCACAUGGAGCAGAUCAAGGAUAUGAUUAUUCAGAUUAUUAACAACGACUAUGCAUAUGUUGUUGAUGGUGAUGUGUUCUUUGCUGUGGAGAAGUUCCCAGACUAUGGCAAGUUAUCUGGGCAGGUGGUGGAAAACCAUAGAGCCGGUGAACGGGUUGCUAUUGACCUAAGAAAGCGUAAUCCGGCUGACUUUGCAUUAUGGAAGGCUGCCAAGCCAGGUGAGCCAAGUUGGGACAGCCCAUGGGGUCCUGGAAGACCUGGGUGGCAUAUAGAAUGCAGUGCAAUGAGUGUGCAUUAUUUGAGUUCCCAAUUUGACAUUCACGGUGGUGCAACUGACUUGAAAUUCCCACACCAUGAAAAUGAGAUUGCUCAGAGUUGCGCCGCAUCCCAAGAGAGUAACGUUAGUUACUGGGUUCAUAAUGGUCAUGUUACUAUUAACAAGGAGAAGAUGUCUAAGUCUCUUGGCAACUUCUUCACAAUUCGCCAGAUCACGGAAAGAUAUCAUCCACUCGCUUUGAGGUACUUCUUGAUAAGCCAAUCCUACGAUUCUGAUCUAAGCUUUUCAGUCAAUCAGUUAGAGAUUGCAUCAGACAAAGUUUUUUACAUUUAUCAGUUUGUGGCACGGUAUCAUAAACCUGUAUCCAGUUUUGAUGCAAUGUCUCAGAAUAGUAUCCUCACCUACUCAAUUGUUGUUCAGACCCUGAGUGAUUGUGAAGAUGCUCUAUCAUCCUUUCAACAAGGAAGCCUAAAGGAUGCAACCAAGCAAAAUGAGGAAUCAGCUCAGAUUACUGCUGAAGCCCAAUUCUGCAUUCGUAAACUUCACAGUGAAUUCAAUGAUAAAAUGUCAGACAACUUGGACACUUCAACCAUACUGAAAGGUGUAUUGCAAGAGGUCUUGAAACUAGCAAACGAUUCAUUGACGAAACUAAAGGAUGCGAAGCAACAAUUACAGUUAUCAUUAGUGCAGUCUCUUGUUGAAGUUGAGAGAGAAGUUAAGGAAGUCCUACAAAUUCUGGGGUUGCUUCCUCAAUGCACUUAUGCUGAGGUUUUGCAGCAGUUAAAAGACAAGGCAUUAAAGCGAGCAGGAUUGGGGGAAGAUCAAUUAUUGGAUGUGAUAAAGGAAAGAGCAGAAGCUAGGAAAAACAAAGAUUUUACUAAGGGUGAUCAGAUUAGAGAUGAGUUGAAAGCAAAAGGCAUUGGACUCAUGGAUAUUAAAGGUGCAGAUACGAUUUGGAGACCAUGCGUCCCUCCUGAAAAUAAAAUGGAAAACCAAUAGUUGAACAAGAGCAGAAAGGCCCCAAACCCAGGUGAGCAAGAACAUAAGGGCCCAAACCUGGGGAUUGGGAAACUGCAGAUAUUGUUCGGCUUCAUGAUAUAGAGUAAUGUUGUAAAAUCCGUGGGCUUCCAUUCCGUCUUGUCCUGUGUGCGGAAGUGGUGGCCCUG